AUGUGCUUAGCAAACACUGUUAAGAUAAGGAUGAAGGGCCCUGCUCUUGCUCUGUUUCUCUUCUUAGUUCUGUUGGCUGUGGUGGAAGUAAGAAGUAGGCAGACUGUGAAGCUCUGUGGCCUGGACUACGUGAGAACAGUCAUCUACAUCUGUGCCAGCUCACGGUGGAGGAGACAUCUAGAGGGGCAUUUCCACGCUCAACAAGCUGAGACAAAAAACUACCUUCAGCUCCUAGACAGACACGAGCCAUCCAAGAAAACUCUGGAGCACAGCCUUCCCAAGACAGAUCUCUCAGGACAGGAGCUUGUUCGAGAUCCACAGGCACCCAUGGAAGGUCUUUGGGAAUUGAAGAAGCACUCAGUGGUAUCCAGACGGGAUCUGCAAGCUCUGUGCUGCAGGGAAGGCUGCUCCAUGAGGGAGCUUAGCACCCUCUGUUAGGAUGCGCCCAACCCCUUGGCAGGCUUCAGCAUGCAUCUCAAUGUUCUACCAUCGAGUUCCCUGUUCAGCUUCUAUCACUACAGCCACGGCUUUUAAUCCUUUCCUUAAAGGUCUAUUAUGGCUUAAAGCCACUCUUCUCCCUGUGCUGAGGCCAAUCUGCUUUUCUUUCUAAAUUCUAACUACUGCUUUGAAGUUUCGAGUGCUGUGCAAAUCUGCAAUAAAAAAAAAAAUGCCUGAAUCCAAA